AAAUGCCUGUCAUAAUUGAUCAUAAUAAAUAAUGAUGCAAAACCUUUGCAAAACGAAGUAGUUAUAACUAAGUUAUUAUAACAACGUAAAUAUAAUAGAAGCAAGAAAAUAUAGAAAUUGAAACAAAUAUAAUUACGUCUAUAACUUAUCAUAUAAAAUAUCGAACGGCAAUGACUGAUGAAUACAGCUCCAAGCGGCGCACCCCGUCGCUGAGCAGCGCGGCGUCUCCGCUUCACUUCGCGCUGCACCGGCCCGGCUGCCAGCUGGAGAGCUGCUGCGGGGUCUGCAACCUGUUCCCAGGAGUCAUCCUUAUUGCAUUCUCUCAGGUGCUGGUUGGAGCCAUUCUCCUGACGCUGGUGCUGACGCACGGGGAGCAGUACGACGAGCUGCACAACACGCAGCAGACUCAGCUGAUGAGUGCGGCGACGGGCGUGGUGCUGAGCGGGGUGACGGGUGCGGGCUUCCUGCUGCUCGCCGUGGCACUCACAGAGAACUGCAGGGCCAUGGUGGUGUACCUGCUGGUGGCGUCCAUGGUGUGGCUCGGCAUCGUGUCGCUGGCCACGUUCAAGAUCACCACGUCCUGCGUCAAGUUCGGACAAGCUCCAAAAGUGAAGGAUGACAUGCACAGUAUGAUCAACCUGGCGUGCGUCAGCGGGCUGUUCACGUUCCUUGGCGCGGUGGUGUACUUGUUUUCAUUCGUCGUGGUGUUCAGUUUCUACCACUUCAGGUACGUGCGACGAGCCAUACUUCUCCAUGAGGCCGAGUGUACUUAGUCAAUUAUAGAACUUACAUUUGGUUGAAGAUGUCCAUUUAAUUUUAGAUUGUAUUUAUUUAUAGAUUGUGUUUUGAUUUUAAUGAAUAAUAAAGUUAUAGUUAUUAUGAU